AUGGCGAUGGCGAUGGCGACGGUGCGGCGCCGUGCGGUGUAUGCCCUGGCGGUGCUUGCGCUGCUCUGCGGCUGCUCCUCCGUGUGCGGGGCGUCGGCGCCAUCGAAGUUUUAUGCGGUGGAGGUGUCGUGUCCGAAUGGUGAAGGAAAAUUAAGUUGGCGUGUUUCUGACAGGAGUACCUCUUGGACGUUGUGCCCGGAGCCGGUGGAUUAUCAUGGGCCUUUUACUGCCCAUACGUCCAGUAAAACCAGAAUUGACAGUGACUCCAUCUGCGUAUUUGCUGGAUCAUUUUAUUUCCUCGUCAAGGAGACUAAAUGCUCUCCACCUUCAGCAGGGGAGAACAGUAAUGUUGUUGCGUUCAUGAUGAACUGUACGGCGGAAGACGACAGCCCACUGCACAAGCUGGCGAACGGCAAAGCCGUCGCUUCUACUGGAACAGGUGGCGAUCCACUUGGGAAGUCGGGCGAGUGUGAGUUAAAAGCUUCCGAUAAAUUAGCGGUGGGAGAAAGGCCUGGAUCCCAAAUUUCUGGGGGCCAACCGUCGCCAUCACAAAAAGCAACGUCAUCUUCGGCAGAAACUCCGCAGGACAGUGCUUCGGCCAGCGGCAGUGCGGGUGCUGGAGUCUUUGCUGCUUCUGCUGGGCAGCCAGGCAGUACCGGAUCCACAGGGAGUCAGGAAACAUUAACAUCAUCGGCUGACGGUGCGGAUCCACCAAAAGCCGUAGCAGACAGCGGGACACAUGCACACGGUGCGGUGCAUGCACCUUCGGCCUCCGCACAGCCAUCCGGCACCUCCACUUCCGACACUCUCGCCGGCGGCGAUGGUGAAAGCGCCACUACAACCACGACCGCCAGCAGC